AUGAUCGGUUGGAUCAUUCUCGUCGCUUUAACAAGACCGAGCAAGGAGAAAGGAUGGGCCCAUGAAGGAUGUCGCAAAAUUGCUGAAGCAGGCAGCAGGAAAAACAUGGAGGACUAUGAUUUUGUGAUUGUUAAUGGCUCAGAUACCGGUUUAACUGAAGGGGACGGUUUCCAGAUCCUCCACCAUAGAUACGAAACGGUCAAUGGUAAACAUUGGGUUCUUUUUGGUAAAAGUCUUGUAAGCAUGGUUGCUGUGAUUUUGGAAUAUUCAAGCAAAAAAUCGGCACCAAGUGUGAUACUCGAAUGCAAUCCCACAUUACAAACAUUGUACGGUAAAAGAGAAUCAGUUACGGAUGGAUCCCUCAAACGGAAUAUAACAUUUGACUGUGAGGAACCAUCAGAUUCUUAUAGGCAAUAUUUGGUUGCGAGAUCGGUAAAUAAGAUCAAAAAUCAAAAGUGCUUCUCCUCCAGCGAUAUAGCAGUUUGGAUUGCUAAGCGUUACCCGUACCAAAAUUCCGAGGUUACAGAGCAGAGGAUUAGUAGAAUCCUAGUUCCAGUGAAGUAUAGUGACUUAUAUAACCAAUAUGGAAUGCUUAUCUGCGGAAUUGCUGGAUUCAUCGUGGGAGAAUUUGCAUUUCUCACUGUGGCUACAGUUCUUGCUCGAAAUGUCAGAGAGAAAUUGAGCAUUCUUGCAACUGGAAGAAGCGAAAUUUCAAAAUCACCUAAUCCAAUCUCACUCUGA